AUGCCUCUCCAGACCGUCCAAUACAUCCCUGCUUCGCGCAAAAACGCCAUUCAGCAACAGCAAGUCACCAUGCUUCGUGCUGUCGCCCAUGAGCGCAAACCUUGGGACAACAACAAAUCCACGAACCACUGGUGCUUAUACCUCCAGACUAGCCAAACCUCCUCGGUCCGUGUCGAUAUGACUCCAAGUUACAGCUAUCCAAGCACCAUCCUUCCUGGUGGCUCAAAAGGAAACCUUAUAGUGUCAGAGUUGCCCUAUGUCGUUACCAACCAUGCCAAGAAGAUCGUUCAGAUUCGACCGAUGCAAGGACUUCGUGUACACCACAUUGUCGAUGCUCUUAUACAGGCUGGUCGCGAUAAAUAUGAGUUCGACCGUGAUGGCGUCGGAUGCCGCAUGUGGACGAGCAAUACCUUAUCCCUACUUCAGAGUAAUGGCUAG